AUGAAAACUACGCUUACGUUGCAGCAAUUUAAGAAAUGCAUCAUCUCGUUUAUAGCGGGCAUCAUGUGCACUUCCUUGGCUUACGUGAUCUAUAUCGUCGAUCCUAUAAAAAUAAUAAUGGAAUAUAAUAUAGAAAUGAGACCAAACUCGUUCCUCUUCAGGAUAUGGCAGAAACCGCCUGUCGAUAUUUACAUAAAUGUAUAUAUAUUUAACAUCACUAACCCGGUGGAGUUUUUAAGUGGCAAGGAGAAGCUGAAAGUUCAAGAGAUCGGCCCGUAUGUCUAUCAAGAAAUCCUCGAGAAUAAUAAUGUUACAUUUAACGACAAUGGCACCAUGACCUUCAUACCUAAGCGGACGGUAGUCUUUAUUCCUGAAUUGUCAAUUAAUGACCCGAAGAAGGACUUCGUUAAGAUCCCGAAUGUACCCUUCUUGGGUGUUUCGUCCGCUUUGCAUAACGCCGGAUUCCUAGUGAACUAUCCCGUGAUACAACUGGCGAACAUGAUGAAUGCGAAACCUUUCCUCAACAUAUCAGUGUACGAUUAUCUGUGGGGUUACGAGGACUCACUGGUGGCACUGGUCAGCGGGAUUGUGCCGAAUUUCAUCAAUUUCCGGAAAUUCGGUCUUUUGGAUAGGAUGUACGACGAAGGGGAGAACAUGGUGACGUUGCAGUUGCGGAAGAACGACGACAUGAGGAACGAGAAAGGAAGAUAUCUCAGCAUCGACAAGUACAACGGCAGUCCUGGAUUGGCGCAAUGGGGAUACGUCGACACGCUGGACAACGAGACGCUAAAAGAAAAUACAGCCUGCAACACCCUUCAAGGCGCCACGGAGGGCAUCAUAUUUCCGUCGCAUUUGGACAAGAAUGCCACUUUCAGAGUCUUUAGGAAAAUGUUUUGCCGACCGUUACCGAUCACCUUCCAAAAAGAGGUCUGGACGAAGUACGGUCUGCCGGGGUAUUACUACGUUCUCGCGGACAACUUCGCCGAUCCGCCCGAGCAGAAUCCGGACAACGAGUGUUAUUGCCGCAAGAAAGCUUGUCUGAAGAGAGGACUAUCCGACUUAACGCCGUGUACCUACAAUAUCCCAAUGGCAGUAUCGCUUCCUCAUUUCCUUAACGCUGACCCGAGCUUGCUGGAGGAUAUAGAGGGUCUUAAUCCAGAUGAGGAGAAGCACAUGUCUUACGCAAUAGUGCAAUCGACAAUCGGUAUACCCUUAAACGUGCACUCGAGGAUACAGACGAACCUGAUAAUGCAUCAUACCCACUACAAUUCCAAAAUCUUUCCUUUUAACGACAUGGCGAUACCGUUGUUCUGGUUCGACAUGUUUGUUCCAUCAGUGUCGACCUAUUUUAUCUUCAUGUUGAGAUUGAUAAACCAAAUAUUACCAGCCGCACAAACAGUGCUGAUUUAUUUACUUGGUAUCAUCGGGAUGGUGACAACAGUAUGGUCGUUUGGUCGUUUCUUGAGGCUCCUCAAUCAGCAAUGGAGAAAAAAGCAGGAGGUGCUGAACGUCGACUUCGAUAUAAAAAUACCUUUGUAUAACGGCCAACAAGCUUCGAUCACUGUCUUACCGACAAUCAAGAAGACAAUCACGUCAACAGAAAUAUUUAGUUAGUUUAGGCGCCGUAGUGAAUAUUUUACGUACAGGCGCAAUAACGCGUAUUAACGAAAUACGAAAGAUCAUCGAGGUGCACUAAUUUCUCCUUAUUGUCUGCGCAUGCGACAGAUUCACAUUCUAAGACAAACGGUUAAUUCUUAGAGUAUAGAGAUCGAUCGAAGUCGAUAUUGCUGUACGCGUCGUAGACCCAACGCUAGUCGUCAUGAUGCCUCAUUUUCAUGCUUUAUAAUGUUAACAAAUGAAGAUGCUUAAAGAACUCACAGUGAGAAAAGUCGCAAUUAUAUAUUGUGUAAACUCCACACGAUCGCAGAAUGGGGUAUAAUCGUCGGAAUAUAUCAAGAAGCCAAUUUAGACAAUGUGUGUAUGUGUAUGAUUACAGGUUGCGCAAACACAUAAUAUACUUCAACUACAUUUUCUGAAUAUUUUCUAGUUUUAAGAGCGAUAUAUGUUUUAAACAACUUGGAAAAUGUAGACCUGCUCUCUCCAACAUUUUUACCCGGAGAUGUAAUCUUUCGGUUAACUUUUAAGUAUAUCAUUGGAUAGGAAUAUUAUCUGGCAAAGUUUUGUAUAAAAGGUAUAUUUAGGCUAGUUAAAGAUGACAAUCUAAAUGUAGAAAUGUUGUAAUUAUAAUUUAUGUAAUUUAAUCAUCUAACAUUCGUACGUAAAUUUUUGGUUUCACGAGAAUAAGAUAUGUAUUGUUUUUAUCAUUGAUGUUAAAAUUUAUACCAUGCAAGGAUGAAAAAUUAACAUAAUUUAUUAAUUAU